GUGAUCUUUGGAAUUCUGCUCCUCUGCUGCGACAUUUAUUGUAAUACAAGUAGGUCUACUUCAACCACAAUACAACCUGCGUUAAGGUUACUGAAGUUGGAAAAUAUAAACGGGACAAUUUUACUUGAAGCCAUCCACUCUAGAUAUAUAACAGUGUCCGAUAAUGACUUCCAGUGCUACAUCGUCGAAUGCAUAAAUCGUUCAAACAGCCUAGAAGUUCAGAAAAAUCGCCUAGGUGACUGCAUUGUGACUGGUGGUGAAAAACUGUGCAAGUACAAGAUUGAAACUCUAGGUUUGAAUGGGAUUUAUUCAUGUAUAGGAAGCAUCUAUGGAUACUCCAAAUCCAGCAACGAAAUCAUUUACACGCAGCCGAAUAAUUUCAUAACUCUCAUUGCUCAAUUUAAAACUGCGCAAAAAUUAGAAGAUCUUCAAAAACAAGUUUGCGAUGAUAUGAUUGUUCGCCAAGUUGCAGAGAACAAGAAUACUUUUCUUUUCACUUCCAACGAGACUGACGUACCCUGUAAUCAUCAUCCGGCCAAAGUAAAAUACUUAGGGGAAAAAUUACAAUCACAUGCCUUUAUCAUUUGGAGAAAUGUUUGCUGUUUGCCUAACGCAAAAUAUGAUCCCAAUAUAAAUUUGCCGCCUUUCCUACAAGAAAACCCUCAAAUAUUUAAAAAUAACUCAGGAGAGCUUAAGAUUAAUUGCAGUGGCGAUUACUUAAACUACAUCAAAGAAAAGAAAAAUGUGCUCAAAUCAUUUCUAGCACAAUCUGAUGAUAAAGAAAAUAACUUAUAUCUGAUCGAAUCAGCUGAAAAGGAAGAAAAAAUAGAGAAAUUCAAUGAAAUUUUACCGACAUUUAAAAACCAGUCUGCUCUUCCUGAAAUAGUGAGCAAUUUCACUGAAUAUGUAUCCAGUGACGGAACUUUUUAUCAAGAGGCCAAGAAGAAAAACAAAAAGAACCAAUUGCUUAAAAACUUUGACUCAUUUCUCGCUAACCUUACGCUGGACGAGCCAAAAGUAGAAGAGAUAAGUCAAAAACUAGCAGUGAGAGUUGAGAACCUCAGUUUGACUAAAACGAUUGGCCUGCGUCUCAUAGACAAGAGAGAUCGUGAUGAAUUUAAAAGCCUGAGUGCAAACGACUCAGCCGAUGACUUUGCUGUUCAAGCUGAUUUAAUAGCUGGUAUUGAACUGCCUAGAAUUUUAGUGGACGCGGGAGAAAGGCUGGCAGUGUCAGUCAUCAAAGACUCAAAAAGCCUUUUCAGUGCAGCCUAUGCAACGAGUGCCGUCAUAAGUGUUACUUUGGAUGGAGGCCACCGUAGAAAUUUAUCUGAACCCAUCAUUUUGCUAUUUCCCAAAAAAUUAAACAAUAAUUCAGCUGCCUGUGUUUAUUGGGACUUUACUAUGGAUAUGGAAGAAGGAAAUUGGUCAACAGAAGGAUGCACCUUGAACAAAACUAUCACACUGGAAGACACUUUGAUUGACGAAUGUCAUUGUUGGCACUUGACUCACUUCGCCCUCAUUUUCUGGGAUUCCAAAUCGACCGCUCAAUUUAAGAACACGUUUCUUGAUCAAGUCAGUAGCGUCGGUUGCAUAACCUCUUUAGUUUGUCUUGCGGGUGUAUUUUUAGCAGCAAUUAUUUCACCAAAGUGGAGAAAAGGCGCCGGCCAAAAACUUUUACUCCAAAUGGCUUUGAGCCUGGCAUUGCUUUUGUCACUUUUCCUAGUAACGGCAAACGUUGAUUUAAAUAAAUGGGGCUGUUUUUUCGCCGGAUUUUUCAUGCACUAUGCAAUUUUGGCGCACGUUUUUUGGAUGCUAAUUGCCGCCUACUUACAGUACAUUCGGCUGGUCAAAGUGAUCGCCCAAAGAAAACCGAAUUUGAUCUUGAAAUCCGCUGUGGUCGGUUGGAUAUUUCCUAUUAUUCCCGGCAUGGUUGUUCUAUUAAGCCAAAAAUUUGAUUUUUAUUCUGAAAUUCCACUUUGUCUUCCGACCGGCUUGGCCUUUUAUCUAUCCAUUCUCCUUCCAGUAACUCUUAUCCAAUUGAUCAAUUUAGCCGUUUUUGCUCUGAUAACAUUCAACAUAUGCCGCGUAAGCAGUUUUAGAGGCAGAAAGCACGAUGCCAAUCGGUUCCAAUUUCGCAGAUUUAUCCAAUUGGUCUUUUUGUUCACAUUGCUUGGUCUCAAUUGGAUAUUUGCAAUAUUCCAAGUGGCAUUUCCCGACGCCAGAUUUGCUUUCGGACUUUUAUUUACGAUUUUCGGCACUUUUCAAGGCAUGGUGUACUUUUGUUUUUUUGUCCUAAUGCACAAAGACUUUCCUAGUGCUUGGCGAAGAUUCGUCGCACUUUUACGUAACAUGAGCGAAACGUCUGAAGAAAAAAGCUUGCGCCACAGUGAAAACACUUUGAUGACCACUAUUAGCAGAAUUUUCACUUCAUCUAAUCAAACAUAUAAUGGUGGGGAAAAUUUAGAGAAAGAUACAACUUUUUGAUAUUUUGAUUUUUCUUUUAGGAUAUGUUUAUAUAACCCACUUGUUUUUUCCUUUAUUUAUAUUUGAUUGUAAAAAUAAAAAUAUCCACUUAUUUAAAUUAAUUAUGUAAUUUAGGUUUUUUUAAUUUUAAAGUGUUUUAAAUAGCUAUUAAAAAUGAAUUUUAAAAAUUACAAAAUAAA